CGUAGGCUGCAUUCGUCAGAGAAUAACGGGCCAAAACAGAUUCCAAGAAGAUACGACAGGAGACUACCAACUCCAACAACAAGUAGAGAAUUUAUAUAUGUUCCAGGGUUUAGGGGAGCAGCCCCCCACGAGCGCGGGGAAGGCGUGGAUACCCGGACCCCUUUUGGAGGCGUCUGCCGGGGGUAGAAGGCUUCGAAAGGAGUCCACGGGGCCUUCUCCGCUUCCUUCCAGCUCCCCUACAGGCUUCCUACGUGCUGGCUCCUCGCCGCAGCAGCAGUGUGGAAGGCCUCCGGAGGCGGCAGAAGGCGCUAGACUGGACCCCCUGAGCCGUGUGGCCUGUACCCUCCUCGCCCUUGGUCAUCGGCCUGCUCUUUCUUGCCGCGAGUUUGAUUAGGGCAACCCAGCAAAAGGGGCCAGGCGUCGAGACCGUCGCCGCCUUCGGCGGCGUUCUACCCCGGAGACCUCCGACCCGCGAGGAUCGGCAGAGGCCGGGACGUCAGUCGGGAACCUGCAGAGAGGCGCAAGGGGGCGCCCGCUCCCAGUUUUGACGCCUUCCACCUCGAGAAUCCGCGAAAAGCAGCGCGGAAAACAGCGCGCAAGAGCCACCGCAGGGCCAUCCACAGGAAAGGGCUGCGUGUCCCUGUAUCGUGUAUAAGUGUUGUCAGAAUUUUUGUCUUGGUGUUGGUGCCGUUCUAUGUAUAAUCGAUCCUACACUAUCUUCGAUUCCUCCUCGUUUUUGCAAAAAUGAAGCGUCGCUCAUGUCGCCGUGCUCCUGGGUUGAUGAACGACGGCGAGCGCACCAGAGUGUGGCGAUGCGUGCUUUGGUCCUCGUGGUUCCUCUUAUUUUCGACGAUUUCUGAUGCCAGCAACAGCAUCUUCGAUGCAACAACUCGGCGGCGCGUUGGGAAGCGCUCGGCAAGCGCGAGACAACGCGGAAAGUCAAUCAUGAAGUCAGUCGACAAACCUAAUAGCGAUCGAUGGUUUAUGCCUCUUCACAACACGGUGUCAGAUUCGCUUGGAAAGAGCUCCAAAAAUCGAGGAACUCUUAGGCUGAAAAGGCCUGUUCUUACCUGCGCUGCAGGCACCGCAGCCGCUUACUUAUCAACAUCGGGUCUCAUUCCACCACCAAUACCAGGGAGCAUGUGCCGCCACCGUAGAGAUCAAUUAACAAGUGAGUUCUCCUAUCCAGGCGGUGCUGGAGCUGCUAGUUCAAAACAUCCACCAGCCUUUGCUGCUUCGCCAUACACGGGGAUAUCCCUGCCGCUUAGACGAGUAAUUUUGGGGAAGACGAAGACACGCCCUCCGACCACUCAUGCUUUGCGAGAACCUUUGUCCCGUAGAAAGACUCUGAUAGUCCGGUUGGCACGAGGUAGUGGAGGACAAGGAGAAGACGGAGACAAACGUGCGAACUCCUACGGCAGCAACCGCCGGCGUCAGACACCCCCACCCGGACUGACUGUUCUGAAGCAUGUGCUAUGGGAAAUCCUGUCGCGACCUCGCAAUUACGUUUUCCCGAAUACGCCGCCGCAAGGCAGCUUGAGCUUAUGGGCAGAAGAAUCAUCGGUAGAAGAACUCCUUUCUAUUCCUCUCGUGGCGUUAAGUACGAGUAACUUUGGCACUCAGUGUUACUCAAAGAUACUGCUGGUAUAAUGAAAACGGAAUUCCAGAUGCGUGAGGCCCAUAGUGAUAUUUUUAGCGUUUGCACACGACAAGCAACAACUUGUCUAAUGGUACUCGCAAGAGACGAAGCAUUAGCAGAUUCGCCGAACGCGAUCGAGGACGACUUGAGUACCUCGAUUUCUUCGGAGAAUGCGAAUGGCCAGGAAAACGAUGAAGAGAGCAGGAAACCAGUGGCUAAUAAAGCGAACUACGUCGCAACUGGUGGAUCGUCGAAUUCGAGUGGAUCUACCACGCCUCCCGACGAUGCUGCGUCUUUUGGCGAAGCCGAUGAGAGCACGGCAUCUCCUAUGGAUCCUGCAUCCUCAGACCUCGAACAAUGUCCUCCUGGUUUAGACGUAGACAAAGACUGUGCUCAAAAUAAAAAUGCUUCCUCAACAAGCUGUUCUAUGUCGAAUAUCAAGCAGAUUAGAGAGCUACGCUUCCCUGGAUCGUCAGAGGCACAAGCUGAUGAACCAAGCAGGUCAAGAAGAGAUAAAAGUAGGAAGAGGAAAACAAAUCGAGCUAACAGACAGCAGAAAGGUGGCAUUCCAGAAGCGACACCAAGUCAACAACCGGAACACCCUCACAAUCUGGGAGAAGAUGCUUCUGUUGAGCCAGCAGAGCAAAAAGAAGAUGCUGAACCAUCGGAGACGUUGCACUUGCAGGAGACGUCUUUGUGUCCUCCGCCUUCUACUAUAAAUGGCGGAUUUUUACCAACCUAUCUUCGUGAUAUUUUUCAGAACGUUGGUGGUGACAUCGUUUUAGACAGUUUGUUUGCCUAUUGGCUAGCAGGCGCCGAGCCAGACUUGGAACUCGACGCCCUAGUAGACGAAAUGGAAAAGCGUUAUCCGACGGCGUGGGAGUACCUCGUGUCUUCAAACUUCGAUCAGUGGAUCCUCCGAGAGCACGAUCGUGAAGUUCGGCAUGCCAAGAAAAUGGUUCUUCACUUUUUUAACCGUGUUUUAUCUUACGUUUUCAGUUUUAAUUUGUUUGAUUGCGAGUUGAAUAGCGAUGUUUGAAUUCGGAUUCAGGCAGGAACAGUCGUGCUUUUCUCUGAAAGUACUCUAUCAGGGCUUUAUUGCUAUUGCAUUUGGUUCUCCUCUCUGCUUGGGACUGACAUAGUAUAAUGGCCAUUAGCUUCAGCACGCUAAGACUACAUGCGUCUGCAAGACAACAUUUUGAGAUGGCACGAAAACGUCAAACAGGAGGAUGACGAAAUGCGUAGAGAAAGAGAGCUCGCUGAGGAUCGUUUACGGACACAAAGCGGACGUGAUUCCCUCGAACGUGCUUGGGUUUUAAAUGCUGCACCGGUGCCUGAGUGGCUUCAUAUGGUGGAAGCCGAAUCUCCGCAAGUAAAAGACGGUGGCGCGUCAAGCGGACUGGAUGAUAUGGAUCAUGAGCUGCGUCGCUCUGCCGAUAAAAGGAAGAAUAGAACAGCGGACACAGAUGUUGAUGGCAGGGGAGAUGCUGACACUUCUGAUCAUGAUUAAAACAGUCUCAGUGUGGGCCAUUCUGUCCACUAGUACAACAAGUCCAAGUACUUAAAUUGUCUUCACCACUAAAACUAAAAAUGUGAUUGAGGUUACAACCAUAAUCAUGAUUUGAUCUUGAUGUGGUUGUAUUGAACAAUAUUAUUUCUACCUGUACCAGCUGCACCACCAUGGUGGGAAUGAAAGGAUGAAAUACAACGAACACGAAGUAGAUCUGGAAAAUGAUCUACUCUCGCGUAGCACUUUUCUUUUGCAAAAUUGUUAGUGUAGUAGAGUUUCUAGAAGAAUUUUAUAUUCUCAUGGGCAUUCAUGGGCUUCAAUUUUUGCGUGUGCGUGCUGUUCUUUGUAGCGAAUCAUAGCUGGCAACACAUAGUGUAAUCAUACAUUCAUUCAUGAAAUGUAUACGCAAGAACCCAACGCUAGCACUAGCAGAAGUCGAAGAAAUAGAAUUAUUAUAAUUGGAUGAACUAAAAAAUGCGGAAUGAGAACACAACCGUUUUGAGAAUUUUGGACUAGGGUUUACUUCCCUAGUCUCGAAGAAGUCAGGUUUGCGAAUAAGAACUGGAUCUUGAUGACCUUCGGGUCACAUUAGCCAUGGAUUGUAUCCUACCUACAUCUAAAUUGAAGAUGUGUCCUCGCUGGCCUUCAUUGCACACAUGCUGCCGUGCAUUUACAUCGCUGUUAAUUUGAUCUCAACAAGUUUCUUAAGAAUAGAUUAAGUUUAAGAUUACUGGACCGACUCGGAAAAUUUUACUAGGCACAUUUUCGCCCAGAAGAUGAUGGUGAUGAUGAUGACGAUGAUGAUGAUGGCUUAUUUUUUGAUGUUGAACAAAUAUGCGGACCUUUAUCACAGAAGAACAAGAAGGACGCUGGUGAAUGCGACACGCAU